GAGAGGAGCUGGAGGAGAGGAAGCAGCACUGAGCCCUGAGAUGAGUGAAGAAUGGACAACCAGACCGUGGUGGUGGAAUUCAUCAUUGUGGGACUGUCCAACAACCACCAUGUCAACAUCAUCCUGUUUGCAGUUCUAUCAGUUGUUUUCUUAUUGACUGUGAUAGGAAACAUCACUGUUGUCACCCUCUCUUUGGUGGACCAUCGCCUCCAGUCCCCCAUGUAUUUCUUCCUCAGGAACUUCUCCCUCUUGCAAAUCUGCUUCAGCUUAGUCAUCAUGCCCAGGUUCCUCUACAGCCUCCUGACAGAGAGAAAAUUUAUUUCCCUCCCUGGUUGUUUCCUUCAGUUGUUGUUGUUCUUUGUCGUGGGAUCCUGUAUAUUUUUCCAUGUGGGUACGAUGUCCUUUGACCGCUACAUGGCUAUCUGCCAUCCCUUGCGUUACAGCACCAUCAUGAAUGGCAGGGUCUGCUUCCAGUUAGUGCUGGGCUGCUGGGUGAUGAGUUUUCUCUUACUAUUUCCCCCAACAUUUAUGGUUGUGCUGUUACCGUUCUGUGGCCCCAAUGUCAUAAACCAUUUCUACUGCGAUAUAGCUGCAUUGCUCCAACUCUCCUGCAUCGACACGGGACACAUUGAGUUAAUGCUCUUGGUUGCAUAUGUAGUGGCCUUACCUGGCACUUUAACAGUCAUCAUAAUUUCCUAUGGCUGUAUCAUCUGUACUAUCAUGCGGAUCCCAUCCACCACAGGGAGGAAAAAGGCCUUUUCCACCUGCUCUGCUCACCUCAUAGUUGUUACGAUACUGUACAGUAGCACCAUCUUCAGGUACAUCCGACCAGGUCAGCGGGGCACUCAGGACUUUGACAAAGUUGUGUCCCUGGUGUACUGUGUGGUGACUCAACUCUUUAACCCCUACAUCUACGCUCUCCGCAACGAACAAGUCAAACAGGCUCUGAAGGACAUAUUUGGACGAACAAUUUCUAAGUGUCUGAGGAUAUCAUGA